CACCGGCCGUCGGCCAGUCCCCAACAACCAACUCGAAUCCGAGGUGCCUCGGCGAAUCACGGCGGCGCAAGGAAAAGUUGAUGAUGUCGAUAGUACCCGCUGCCAUCCGCCCAGGGUCGAAAGUGUCACCUGCUAGUCUGCCUAUCCCUUUUUUAUUGUUGACGGACUUUUUUCUUUGCUCUUCGCCAGCGAACUUGUCUUCAGUCUCCUUUGUCCGUCAUGAGCGUCCACUAGCUGCGAGCGACAUCUUUCGCUUUCGUGCUGAAACCGCCACCCGCGACGAGAGCCCUCGUGGGCCGCGCCUGGAAAAUGAAUCCUCUGGUCGCCUCCCGCAUCGCGACCCGCGUUGGGGCGCCUCGAUCGUGGACAUGCUCGACUUGUCGCAGCCAAUUGGCUUUUGCCCCGCCGGCAACGCGCCUCGGCGUCGAUGCAAGAAGAUUUGCGACGGGCGGUGGCAGCUCCUCCGGCAGUAACGGUCGCAAGGGCCGUUCCAGGAGAGUCCUCCUGCUCGCCUCAACGGGCGCCGCCGGUGUCGCAAGUACCGCCCUCGCCUUCACCGACGAUAUCAAGACGAGCUACGAGGCGGCCGAGAGGACAGGCCGGGUCGUUGCUGCUUUGGCAAUUUGUAUCAAUGACUACCGUACUACUUUGAAUGCCAAGGCUACCAUGACCGACGAGACCGAGCAAAACAACGUACUCACUGCCUGCCACAAGCGGUGCGCCGAGCGAACACUCAAGGUGUUGGAGAAGAAUGGUGGCAUUUUCAUCAAACUCGGACAGCACUUGGUACAUCAAGGCCCCCAAUGCGGUGGCAAUUCGGCAUUGCUAACCACGUGCAAUGCAGAGCGCUAUGAACUACCUCUUGCCCCCAGAAUGGACGACUACAUUCAUACCACUUCAGGACAAAUGCCCCGUCUCGUCGUUCGAGUCGAUCCAGGAAAUGUUUCUAAAGGACACCGACGAGGACCUGUGGCAUUACUUCUCCGACUUCUCUCCCGAGCCCAUCGGCGCUGCAUCGCUAGCGCAGGUCCAUCUGGCGACGAUCAAGGACACUGGCCGCAAGGUUGCCGUCAAGGUGCAGCAUCCGGAGUUACAGGCCUGGGCACCUCUCGACCUGGCAUUGACACGAAUCACCUUCUCGACACUGAAGCGCUUCUUUCCUGAAUACGACCUUGAAUGGUUGUCAUCGGAGAUGGAGGUGUCGUUGCCAAAGGAACUCGAUUUUCAAGAGGAGGCAGAAAAUGCCAAGCGAAUGAAGGCAUAUUUCGCAAAAGUCCCUGAGUUGCCUCUGGUCGUUCCCGAAGUCAUCUGGGCCAAGAAGCGCAUCAUCGUCAUGGCAUGCGAGUCGGGGAGUCGACCAGACGAUUUGGAGUACCUCGAUCGAAACGGAAUAGAUCGCGAUGAGGUCUCUGCCGUGCUCGCCCGUGUGUUCAACGAAAUGAUUUUCGGUGAUGGCGCCCCGUUGCACUGCGAUCCGCACGGAGGAAACAUCGCGAUCCGCAAGAAUACCGCUAGACGAAACCUGGGGCGCGGUCCGAACUUUGACGUCAUUCUUUACGACCACGGCCUAUACCGCGACAUCCCGUUGCCCUUGAGACGGUCGUACGCCAAGAUGUGGCUCGCCGUCAUUGACGGCGACAUGGACCGCAUGAAGAAGUACUCCAAGGAGGUGGCCAACAUCAGCGACCAUGAUUUCCCGCUUUUCGCGUCCGCCAUCACCGGCCGCGACUAUAGCGUCGUCAGUCGCGAAGGGUCCAUUCUCAAGACGCGCUCCGCCGACGAGGAGCAAAACAUGUCGGGCGCACUACAAGAGGGCCUCAUCGUGGACCUCGUGCAGAUGCUCAGCCGCGUCCCGCGCAUCAUCCUGCUCAUCCUCAAGACAAACGACCUCACGCGCAGCCUCGACGAGAACCUGCAGACGCGGCAGGGCCCGAUCCGCAGCUUCAUGAUCCUCGCGCGGUACUGCACGCGGACCGUCUUCCACGAGCAGCUCGAAGAGAUCCGGGCCAAGGGCUCCCUUCUGUGGCCGCCCAAUGCGGUGAGGGUAUUUGCCGCGUGGUUGGGGUACCUGCGCGUCGAGGUCAAGCUCGAGGCGUUUGAGCUGUGGCUCGGCGUGAAGCGGGUGCUUGGGGUGAGGAGCGCGCAGUUUAGCAGCACGAGUCCGCUGCAGCAAUGAACACGACCGGCAUGGCGCAAUAGACUGUACAUAUGCAGGACAUGACAUAAAAAGUUAGAUAGACUAGAGUCCAUGGGCAGGUGUCGCAACACAGGGGCGUGUUCGUACGAAACUAGAGUUACGAAGUAAGCCAG